CGCACGACUGAACGUUUAUUAAUUCACUGACACUAUAAUCACAUAACAUUUUAAAGUUGUUAUUCUUAAAAAAGAAGACAAGUCAAGCGAUGGUGAAUCCUAAAUGUUUCUUUGACAUUGCAAUUGGUGGAGUGCGAGCAGGGCGUGUGGUAUUUGAACUACGAAAAGACGUCGUCCCUAAAACUGCAGAAAAUUUCCGAGCCCUUUGCACUGGAGAUCAUGGAUUUGGGUACAAAGGCAGCUCCUUUCACAGGAUAAUUCCCGGCUUUAUGUGUCAAGGAGGAGACUUUACAAACCACAACGGCACCGGCGGCAAAUCUAUCUACGGACCCAAAUUCAAGGACGAAAACUUCCAGCUUAAACAUACUCAACCUGGAAUAUUGUCCAUGGCUAACGCUGGAAAAAACACGAACGGUUCUCAGUUUUUUAUCUGCACGGAGGUGACAUCCUGGUUAAACGGCGCCCACGUGGUGUUCGGGCAUGUGACAGAAGGUUUGGAUGUUGUCAGAAAAAUGGAGGCAGUGGGUACUGGACAGGGAAAAACAAUGAAACCUGUUGUUAUUGAGGACUGUGGUGAGCUUGAGGAAGAACUGGACUGAGGUAAUCUGCUGAGAUUUCAGCUAAGUGACCAAGAGUUUAAUUUUUGAUUAAAUAUAAAUCCUGUUUUCAGAGCCACCCGUUUCCCUUAGUCAAAUUUUGACCCCCGCUUAAAUAUUUGGAAGGUUUUGUAUAAUGUGUAAAUCUAUGUUUUUAAUAGAACUGUGCUUAUU